CCCAGACCUGGCUGCCAGAACCCUCGGGCCUGGAGGCGACAGCGGAACGAACUCAAACUCCUGGCAGCCCAAGGGGCCUCGGGACAGCGCUCCGCCUGGAGGGGGCGGGUCUCGCGGGGAGGGACUUGCACAGGGAAGACCCCAAGCCAGCCCCGCCUUUGGCAGCCCUGAAUCGCUCAUAAAGUCGCAGCCCAGCCCCACUGAGGCCAGUCCACCGAGUCCACUGCAGCCUGCGCCAUGCCGAUGACACUGGGUUACUGGGACAUCCGCGGGCUGGCUCACGCAAUCCGCCUGCUCCUGGAAUACACGGACUCCAGCUAUGAGGAAAAGAUGUACACGAUGGGGGACGCUCCUGACUAUGACAGAAGCCAGUGGCUGAAUGAGAAAUUCAAGCUGGGCCUGGACUUUCCCAACCUGCCCUACUUAAUCGAUGGGGCUCACAAGAUCACCCAGAGCAACGCCAUCCUGCGCUACAUUGCCCGCAAGCACAACUUGUGUGGGGAGACCGAAGAGGAGAAGAUUCGUGUGGACAUUUUGGAGAACCAGGCUAUGGAUACCCGCAUGCAGCUGGCCACGGUCUGCUACAACCCUGACUUUGAGAAACUGAAGCCCAAGUACUUGGAGGACCUCCCCGAAGUGCUGAAGCUGUACUCACAGUUCCUGGGGACACGGCCUUGGUUUGCAGGGGACAAGAUCACCUUUGUGGAUUUCCUCGCUUACGAUGUCCUUGAGAGGAACCAAAUGUUUGAGCCCAAGUGCCUGGACGCGUUCCCCAACCUGAAGGACUUCAUGGCCCUUUUUCAGGACCUGAAGGAGAUCUCUGCCUACAUGAAGUCUGGCCGCUUCCUCCCAACGCCUGUGUACACAAAGGUGGCCUUCUGGGGCAACAAGUAGGGCCUUGUAAGGCCCGGAGAUGGCAGUGAGGAGCCCGUGCUCAGCUUGCUGCCUGGGUGGACUCUCUGCACCCCGAGUUGCAGCCUUCUCAUCCCUCUGCCCUUUUCAUUCCCUUCUCCUCUCCAAGGCCUCAUUAGCGCUUUUUAUUUCCCCCAACCCCUGUCCCGUCCAGACCCUUUGAAGCCUCAGCUCCCACUUUCCUUCAGCAGGGUCCCCUCCCACCUUUCCCCUUCCCUGCACUCAGGCCACCGCGACUUCCUUCCUGUUAGUGGCUGUGUCUGUGCAGCUGAGCCCCGCGCUGUCCCAGCAGGGCCCGAGGAUCAGCUCUGCCUGGCGUGCGGGCCCUGGUCCCCAGCGUGGUCCCUGCACGAGGCCUGCCCGAUCCCCAGUAAAGCCCAAACCCAUUU